GCCGCGACGGUUCUACCGUCCAAUCAUAUGAUGCAAAACACAUCCUAAGGUGGCCGAUCGUCCGCAUAUAACCUUACCUGCGGAUCAAAACAUUAGGGCACAUGAGACGGGCUAUAGGCGGUCAACAGUUUCAGCUCUCCUGUAAACCUGCGUUCUUUCCUUUCUCCGCGUCCCCUUUCGUGCUUGCUAAGCUAAGAGUUCGAUAAAUAUCGCAAAAAUUGCUGCUUCUCUUCUAACUUAAGAGAGAGAGGGGGAGCGGAAGGAGAUGAAAGGGAAGGGAAAGAUCCACCCAUCGCCCCCGCCGCAUGACGCCCUGGCGGUGCUCGGCCUCCUCCCGGCGGCGAUCCUCGCGCUGACGGCGGCGCUGCGGGAGGAGGACAAGGAGGUGCUCGCGUACCUCCUCACGCGGUCGAUCGACGGUCCGGCGGCCGCGGCGGAGGAGCGGCGGCAUUGCCGGAGGCCAGGUAGCGCAACCCAGCACCUGCCGGUCUUCGGCUGCGGGUGCUUCGACUGCUACACCGGGUUCUGGUCGCGCUGGGAUUGCUCCCCCGACCGCGAGCUCAUCCACCAGGCCAUUGAGGCGUUCGAGGAGCACCUCGCGAGCGCGGAGAAGAAGGGCGCGAGGGGGCGGCGGGCGGAACGCAAGGCCGCCGAGCGGGCGGUCAAGGGCAAGGGCAAGAAAGGCAAGGAGAAGGAGAAGGUUCGGAGACUGGCGGUGGAGGCGGAUAAGGCUCAAAAACAGCCGGAGGAGGCGGAGAAGCCUCUCGAGGUGACGACGCCUGGGGGAUCGGAGGGGUUCGCUAGCGAAGAGGCCCCGGUGGGAGCGGGAGCGGGUGCCGCGACGAAGACGGCGGCCGCGGAGGAGGAGGAGGAGGGUGUGGAGGCAGAGGCGGCGAACGGCGAGCGGCGAAGGGGAUGGGCGGACGUGAUGGGGAUGUUCCAUUCGCGUUUGUGGAGCCUUUGGGGUCCGGGCGCGUGAGGCAUAUCAUUGAGGUGACGGAGAAAUUAGACGCUAAAAAAAGGGUAAUAUCAUAAAUCUGCUGUAAAAAUCGUACUUGUUUGUUUUAUUAUCAUAUUCGCCGUUAAUUAUGUAAAUUAUGAUCACUGAUUCCGGUAGUUUUGUUCGUUAAUAUUAUGCUUGCAUGCAAAUAAUGGGAGGCAAAUUAAUUCGGUCGUUGGGCCUUUUUUUGGUGUCCAAUUAAAUACAAUCAACCAUCAGUAUUAAUUAGGUGGAGCCAAGUAGCAUAAUGCUACGUGCUUAUCCACAAGCAGUAGCCCGUGCAUUGUUUAAGCUUUGUUGUUUAGUACUUUGCUCUUACAUCGAGUGAUGCCAUUGUUAGGUAAGAAAGAGAUGGAGAAGGAUUAGUGGUCUUUGAAGCGGAUUAAGCAAGGAAUGCUGCUGCUUGUCCUAAAUGACUUCUAGUUUUAGAGUGGAGGAAGAUAUUAAUGUAUUUAAUAAUGUUUCGAUCUGGCUGAUGAUAUUAGUUAAUAGAGGGACUGAACGUCUCAUUAGGUGAUGAUGAUAUUUUAAUUGUGAUACACAUAAGUUUAUUAUUA